GCGGAUGUGUCCAGCAGCUUCCGGUGCUAGCGGUUAGCAGAGUGAACCGUUAACCGGAUGUAAACACCGACAGAAUCCCGUCAAUGUUCCGGUGAACAUCGCGAUCAGAGAUGCAGCAGCACGCCGGAGAACCGGAAGUAGGUUAACAAGCGGAAGCUGAGCUGACAGCAUCAGACGUCCAGCAGCUGAUGGUGACUGAUGAAGAGGUUCCCAGUGUGGAGCAGGAGAACCCAGAGCUCCUCCACAUUAAAGAGGAGCAGGAGGAACCUUGGAGCCGUCUGUCAGAACCAGUUUGUGGACUGAAUCCAGAGAGUUCACAUGUGGACGCUGGGACAGCCUCAGGAUCAGAGACGGAGGCGAGUGAAGCUCAGUUGGUUUUGAAAACCAUCGAAGUCCCGGCAGGAAAAGGAAAGAGAGGAAAGAGAACCUGCAGCUGCUCCAAGUUCAGACCACAGCUGAAGAUCCACAAGAGAACCCACACGCAGCCGAAGAGUCACCAGAGUGUCUGUCCUCAUCCGAGACAGACGGAGGAGGACAGGGAGGCGGAGCCUGGGGAGAAACCGUUCAGCUGCUCCAUGUGUGGGAGGAGCUUCAAACAUGGAGGACACCUGACGCAGCACAUGUCCGUCCACACGAAGGACAGCAGGCUCAGCUGCGACGUGUGCGAUAGAAGAUUCACGAGGCUUCAUCAGCUCAAGAGACACAAGUGUGCUGGCCAAUCCCUGCAGCUUCCUGACCUGUGGACCAAUCAGGAGGGAGAGCAGCUGGAGGAGGCGGACCUCAAGUUCAAAUUGAGUCCUGUCGCUGUGAAGAGUGAAGAAGAUGAAGAGACACCUCAGUCGUCACAGCUUCAUCCGAGUCAGACUGAGGAGAACAGAGCGAACUGUGGAGAACCAGAACCAGAACCAGAACCAGAACCAGAACCAGAACAAGAACCAGGACCAGCCAGGAACUCAGGUCCUGAGGGACAUUUACAACCAGGUCCUGAGACUGAAGACUCCUCUGAAUUUAAAUCGAAAGCGUUUGAUCAGAAACUGAAGCAGAGAAAUGAACCAUGUUUAAACUUUGUAAAUGAUUCAGGAAGUAAGAAAUCCUUCAGCUGCUCCCGCUGUGGGAAGCUGUUCGGCCGGAAGGAACAUUUGCAGACGCACGUGAGGAUUCACACGGGAGAGAGACCGUUCGUCUGCUCCCAGUGCGGGAAGGCGUUCGGCUGCAAGAGGUCGCUGCUGGGUCACAUGACCAGUCACACGGGAGCGAAGCCGUUCGGCUGCUCGCGCUGUGGGAAACGAUUCGGCCGCUCGGUGAAUCUGAAAACACACGAGAGGCUUCACACGGGAGAGAGGCCGUUCACGUGUCCGUUCUGUGGGAGGGGCUUCACGCAGAAGGUUCACAUGACUCAGCACAUGUCCGUCCACACGGGAGACAAGCAGUUCAGCUGCAGCGCCUGCGGGAGGAAGUUCAGGUGGCUGUCGGGGUCCAGACGCCACAAGUGUACCGGACCUCAGAGAGCAUCAUGGGACGGAUGAAUAGGUCAAACUCUGGAGGAUCACGGGACUUUUGAAGGAAGAUAUUUAUAUUGAAUGUACAGUAUGUUAUUGUAUCAGAGGUUUAAAUUAAUUUAGCUUUUAUUAAAAAAUAAGACUGCACUAAAAACA